AUGGUUCUUGGGUUCGGAAAUAAGAAUAAAUCAAAUAAUAAUAAUAAUUCAAGUGAAACUCAUUCAAUUAAUGAUUCAUCUUCAUUACCUUCAUCAAAUAAUAGUACUACGCCAUUAAAUCAAAAUGAUAUUAGGAAAGAAAAUACAGUUUAUAGAAUAGAUUCAGAUUCAUCACUAGAAUCAAAUGAAUUAAUUAAAAAUCCAUUUUUGGAUCCAAAAGUAGAAGAAUAUUAUCGUGAUGUUUAUACCAAUUCAAAAUAUGAAAGUUAUAAAGCAUUUGAUCCUCAUUUUACAUGGACAGAAGAAGAAGAAAAAAAAGUUAUUAGAAAAUUAAAUUAUAGAGUUGCAUUAACUGCUUGUUUGAUGUUUAUAGGUUUACAAGUUGAUCGUGGGAAUUUAGCUCAAGCUGUUACUGAUAAUUUAUUAGGUGAUUUAGGUUUAACUACUAAUGAUUAUAAUGUUGGUAAUACUAUUUUUUUGGUUUGUUUUUUAGCUGCUGAAGUUCCUUCGCAAUUAAUUUCAAAAGCUUUAGGACCUGAUAUUUUUAUUCCUAUUCAAAUAUGUGCUUGGAGUAUUGUUGCUAUGUCACAAACAGCUUUAAGUGGUAAAGCAUCAUUUUAUGUAACUAGAGCAUUAAUUGGAGCUUUAGAAGGUGGUUUUAUUGCGGAUCUAGUUCUUUGGUUAUCUUAUUUCUUUACAUCAAAAGAAUUACCUAUUAGAUUAUCAUGGUUUUGGACAACAUUAUCUUUAGUUCAAAUUUUUACAUCAUUAUUAGCUUUUGGUAUUUUAAGAAUCAAUUCUUUUGGAUGGGCAGGUUGGAGAUUUUUAUUUUUAAUUGAAGGUGGAUUUACUUUAUUAAUUGGAAUUUUUUCAUGGUUUCUUAUGCGUCCUUCAGCAGUACAAACUAAAAGUAAAUGGAAUCCUAAAGGAUGGUUUACUGAUCGUGAAGAAAAAAUUGUUGUCAAUAGAGUGUUACGUGAUGAUCCUUCAAAGGGAACAAUGCAUAAUAGACAAGCUAUAUCUCCGAGAAUGUUAUGGAAUUGUUUAACUGAUUAUGAUUUGUGGCCACUUUAUGCAAUUGGUAUAAUUGCUUAUAUUGGUCAAACUACUUUCACUGCUUAUUUUGGUUUAAUGAAUAGACAAUUAGGUUUUAGUGUUUUUGAUACAAAUUUAUUAACUAUUCCAACAGCUGUUAUUCAUAUUAUAUUUCUUUUAGCAAUCACUUGGUUUUCUGAAAAGAUCAAUCAAAGAGCAUUAGUUUGUUUAUUGGCUCCAAUAUAUACAACACCAAUAAUCGGUGUAAUUAGAUGGUGGUCUGGUUCAGGAAAAGACGUAUGGGCCACAUGGGCAUUAAAUACAUUAUAUUUGGGCCAACCAUAUAUUCAUGCAAUUUGUGUGAGUUGGGUAUCAAGAAAUUCAAAUAGUGUUAGAAGUAGAUCAGUUUGUUCAGCCAUAUAUAAUAUGACAGUUCAAUUAGGUAAUAUAAUUGGUAAUUUCAUAUAUAGAGCUGAUGAUAAACCUUUUUAUAAAAGAGGUAAUAUGCAAUUAUUUUGGAUUUCAUUUGCUUUAAUUCCUGUAUUAUUAUUGGCUAGAUUUUAUUAUGUUUGGAGAAAUAAACAAAAAACUAGAAAAUGGAAUGAAUUAUCACCAGAACAACAAGAAGAUUAUAGAAAGAAUACUACAGAUGAAGGCUCAAAAAGAUUGGACUUUAAAUUUGAUUAUUAA